UUAUCCUUGUGCUUCUCAGUUCUGCGCUUUCUCCAGAAAAUGCGGAAGUGAAACAAUUUCAUUUGAUGCCAUUUCGGAGGACAGGAGUGGACGAGAAUAAUUGAUCGUUUACAAUAUAAUAAAAUAAUGGGAAAUUAAAUAGCUUAGCGGAAUAUAUCUCUCAAUCAAAACAUAACGGCAGCCGAGUUGAGAUGGAGAGCCGUCGCACAGUAACACGAAGGUCGAGAAAUCAACGCAUCCGACUCAUCAAAUGCCAUCGCCACACGCUCGUUUGCCAACCUGUAGCCUAGGAGUGGUGGGCUCGAGGGCGGUCAGUGUUUGGUGUCAACAAACGAACACUUCCACAUCAUCGCGCUCGGAUUCUUCCACGGAGGCAGAGGGACUGACGGUGGGACGGACAUAGUCGCCCCCAUGCCCCGCUUCCCGGGGAGGACUGCGGACGUGGCCGCGAACCUGACUUCCCCCGUGCUGGGUCGGCCACUGUGCGCUAACGGGACGCCCUGGAUCCUCUACCUGUUUGAGGAAUGCGUGGAGAAUGUGUGGGAAUACUGGAGCGUAGUCAUCGGGCUGAUUUCAAUGUUCUGUUUCUUGCUGUCUACUCUGCCGCAAGUCUAUGAGGCUUAUCGCAAUGGUAAAGUGGAGGAGGCCAUGUCGUUUGGCUUUCUGCUCUUCCUCUUCAGUGGGGACCUCAGCAGUCUAAUAGGCUGCGUCCUGACCAGCCAGCUGCCCAUCCAGAUUGUGACAGUAGUGUUCUACAUCUUCACUGAUCUCCUGCUCAUCUCCCAGUUCCUCUACUACAAGAUAAAGAACAACUCACCUAAAAAGCGCCCCACGUUGAAGUGGUUGUGUUUCCUGUGGUGUGGGGCUUCCACUGUGGCCCUCCUGAUCCUCCCCAAGUUCAUCACUGACAACAACCCCUCUGCCAACACUCAGAGUGCCUCUAACAGCGUGGAGAUCUCUGGUUAUGCCUGUGGAUACCUGGCCUCCAUAUUCUACCUCUCCUCUCGUUUUCCACAGCUCUACAAAAAUUUUAAGCGGCAGUCCACAGAGGGCACGUCGUACAUGCUGUUUGCCCUGGCCAUGAUGGGCAACGGGACCUACGGGCUCAGUGUCAUUGUGGUUCUACCAGCUCUGGCCGGCUCCAAACAGACCUUCAUCCUCAAACAUCUGGCCUGGCUCAUCGGCAGCCUGGGAGUCCUCCUCCUAGACUUCUUUGUCACCGCCCAGUUCAUCAUCUAUAGGAAGAACCACUCCGCUAAAACCAGCAAGAAGAUGAACGUUCCUGAAGUAGAACCUCUGCUCUGUGAAGAGGAGGAACUGUCCACGUUCUAGAGUGAGAACAUUAUGGAAGUUCUAGAGUGAGAACAUUAUGGAAGUUCUAGAGUGAGAACAUUAUGGAAGUUCUAGAGUGAGAACAAUAAGAGAAUUCUAGAAAUCCUCUCCAUAAUCAAUCAAUCAAUCCUUUUUACAUCUGCUGAUGUCACAAAGUGCUGUACAGAAACCCAGCCUAAAACCCCAAACAACAAGCAAUGCAGAUGUAGAAGAACGGUUGCUUGGAAAAACUCCCUGUUGACUGGAGACCUGCACUAAUCUGACAGAUGUGAUGGUACACCAAUGUUCCCUCCUCUGAAAUACAGGUGAAUUACAGGCGUUUUAUAUUUGAGGAAUGUAAUCUCAGUAGAUCUAUUCUCUCUCUCUCUUUGUAAGGGGUGGGGGGGGGGGGGGGGUCAUGUGAUCUAUUCACUAUGCCGUUUCCUCGUACGCUACAGGCCUAUUGGCUGUGUCCGUGUCUCACAUUGCUCUGGUCUAGUUUGUCAACGGUUAGAGCUCUUGUGUUUUCCAGGAUAAGAUAUGCAAUGCACUUUGACCUGUUCACGCAGCGUUGUCGUCUAGGUAGACCGUAACGUAGGGGACCACACCAGUGGCUGUUCCUGUGUGGACCUUUAAAAAUGCCAUACGCUGGCACUAUUGGUGUGUCACAAAGUAGUGGGCUGCACCCACAGUCAUGUAUUUAGUUCUAGUUUACCCCUGGUUUUGUUCUAUGAGCAGAUUCCGUCGUAGUUGAAUCCCUAUAUAUAAGUUGUAGUUGGUAAAUUGCUUGGAGUGUUUACACAGUGUUUAGAUGGUGAAAAUGCAGUGGGUUAAGUCUGAUAUCCUGUGCCUUGCAUCUACAUUUAUAUUAAUAUGAAUGUGUUGCUGCAGUGGAGUGCUGAAGGCUGUUUGACGUGUUCAAGGCUGCUGCUUUUAAAAACCGACAGUUCUUUGGCUGAAAUCUAACCGUUUUAACUGAACAGCCUGUUUUCCUUAUCUCCUCUCCUUAUCUCCUCUGGCCCAGUUUAUUUUACUUUCAGUGUCCACAAAGGAAGGGAGGAAGGAGUUUUUUUUUUUACAGUAUUGAGUCACAGCCGUGAGCAUUGAGUUCACCCCUUAUUUUGGAGUUGUGUCCAGGGGUGUGUUCAUUAGGAACCAAAUGGAACAAAACGGGUUAAGGGGCCUACCUGAAUUUGUCCAAUAGAAACUCGUUUUCGUUGCAAAAUAUUUUUCGUUUAAGAGUAAAGCGUUUCGAAACGGAAACCGUUUACUCAAAAAUGGAAAAUGUUGUGUGACUAAUGAAUACACCCCAGUCUUCUAUGUAUGUAGUCACAUGUUCAGAAAGCGGUGGAUCAAGCUUUUGUGGGAAAUUUGACCGUUAUUUAUAAGUUGAUGUGUCAUAACUUGGUAACAUGGAGUCAUGAUGAGGGAAUAGAACUACGGGAGACCAACGAUUCGUUACGUUUUUGUACUGGUCACAUCACUGUUGUUAGUGUGUCAUGGAUGUGAUUGGUCGAUUGACAGCACAGAUUUUCUCUACCUCCGUCUUUCAGUGAGGGGGGGGUUUGUUUAUCUGGCCCGGGUUACUCCCCCGGUGGGAGGAGUUUGAGCUGGGUGAAAAGUGAUUCAUUUUGGAAUCGGGCUGCCUCCUGGGUGUGCCCCACUCUGGUCGACGGUGAAGGUGGCUCAAAACAAAAAUGACGUAAUUAAGCACACGUGUGGAACGAUGGCUGGGAUUCUGUUUUCACAUGCUAAAGUGAUUGCUUUUGAUGAUGUAUUUAUUUUAACUUUCUGCUUUCUCAAUAAAAACUAGUUUGACUAUUCACACAUUUUUAUUUGAUGGAAAAUGUGUGUAUGUUUUGUGACGCUGCACCGUGAUGCCGUGUUGACAUGACCGAGUGGCUCAGAUUACUGUUUGAUUUGAGAACGGCGCUCCUGCAUCCCCGCUAUUUCACCCGAUGACGUGAUGGGCCAUCGCCCGGGUUCCACCUGGGCCAGUGUAAUAGAAUUCCCUUAGCGUCAUAGGCGUCUUCUCUGGUGAAAAUGUAAAUAUGAAUCUAGUUAAGUGUUAUAUAUAUAUAUAUAUAUAUAUAUUAAAUAAAUAAGGAGUGCUUGUGGGUUUUUUUUAGGAGCGCAAACAUGAUGUGACUUAAGUAUUUAUUGGUAGAAAUAGUCUCGAGUUACAGCUGGGCUUUAAUAAGCACAGUUGUGAUUGGUGGACUUUCCAUGUGAAAAAUAAGGAGUAUUUCUACUUGUACCUGAUGAAAAAGCUCAAUGUGGUCUUUGGAAAGAUAGCUGUUUUCAAAAUGGCUGCCCAGCAAAUGAUUGUGGCCAUGGUCAUGAAGCGUCAGGAAAGCCAUGAACGAAGGGAAAUUAUGAUGCCACUUAUUUUCUCCGAUAAACCUGUAGAUAGUUGCAGAUUUUGUUGAUUUAUUUUAAAGGUAGAUUAUCGGUUGUUUUAGACAACCUUUUUUUUUCUCUUCUCUCCUUUCUCUUGAAAAAAAUAAGUUUCAUUCUGGUUUGCUCAAAGCCUGGCCUCUCUUCAAUGUGUUUUCUAUAGACAUUUUUUUUCAAAAUAAUAGAAUGGAAUAAUGAUUUAUUUACAGCCUCAAGAACAAGAGAAAUGUAUGAAAUUAUUUUUACUUGAAUAAUGACACACUGUAUUGCUCUUUUAAGAUACACAUGUAUUUAUAUUUAUACUUAAGAUAACAUGGUAUUGGAUUUUCCUUAUGCUUUGGCCUAUACGUUACUAUACGUUACUUGCAAUAUUUAUGUCAUUGACGAUAAUGUCCCAGUAUCUCAGCUUUUGUAGUUCAUUCCAAUAUGAUGCUUAUGUAACAAACAUCUCAAUAAAGACCGAAUUAUACCCAA